AUGGUGCUGCGCACGUGUGGGGACAACGACCCCGACCGCUUCAGGACGAUGAAGGUCCGGUUCUCUUCGCCAGUGCUCCCUGGCCAGACGCUGACCACGGAGAUGUGGUGCGAGGGGCCCAGGGUCAUAUUCCUCACGAGAGUCAAGGAGACCGGCACAACCGUGAUCAACAACGUGCUUGCCUCGAGGGUGGGGGAGAAAGAGGAACUGAGCCGCGGCUUCGCCUGCCCACUGGAGGUCGACGCCGCGGACGAGAGGACCCUACGGGACGCGGUCGUCCAGAAGGGCUACCACUACUGGUGGUGA